AUGAGUCACAAGGAGGCCACUGCACCUAUCUACACUCACCUGGUGCUUUACCUGCCGCAGCCCAGACCUUAAAAUCUCAUUACCUGUCCAAUACAAUCUACAUCUGAGGCACAUUGUGUCCCGUGAGCUCCAGCAGACACGUUGUUCCUCGCUAGUUAGCUUCCCACAGACAAAGACAGGGAGCCAUGGCGGUGGCCAAUUUCCAAUACAUUACCAGGAUGAGCAGUGGCUUCAAGGUCUACAUUUUAGAAGGUCAGCCCCACCUCAGGAGCGAAGACCGAUUCAGACACAUUGCAAAUGAUCGUGCCCGAGUCCCCGUAGUGCUUCCAGUCAAACGCAAGAGAAGCCACGAGAGGGGUCUCACACUGGAGGAACGGCGAGAGCGGGCCCUGAGCAGAAGCAGUGGCAAAGCUGCCCAGAGAGGAGGACCGGUGGGCUUCAACCGGCCCCAGAGCCCCCCAUCCGCCUGGAGUCCAGCCCCAAGCUCUACCAGCCCUCCGCCCACCCACGUGUACUACGCACCAGUCAUGGAUGAACCACUGGCCCUCAUCAAGAAACCAAGAAAAGAGCCCGAGAGAACAGAGGAGACUAAGACUAAGAGCUCUGUUCCCGCUCAAAUCCAGAUGCGUCCUUCUGUGAUCACUUGUGUCUCCUCAUCGAGCACCCCCUCCUGCAGGUCCGAGGUCCACAGGACCCCACCAUCAGUGAUUUCCAGAUGCAACUACGACCACGUCGUCGAGGAGCAUUUCCAGAGGAGCCUCGGAGCAAACUACCAGAAGGAUCGCUCACAGCAGCUCUCCAUCAGCGUGUCUGUCGAUGACCACUUCGCCAAGGCUUUGGGGGACAAGUGGCUGCAGAUUAAAUCCAAGUCUUCCUCCUGUUCUUCCACACCUCCCAGCAGCCCGAGUGUCACUCACUCCCCCACCUACAGCCACAGCCCCAACCAGUCCCACAGAGGCUCCUCGAGCAGCUCCUCGCGGACCUCCAGCCGCUGGUCCCUCAAUUAGAUGGGAAGCCACCUCUGAUGUGGGAGGAAACUGACUUUUUACUUUUUACUGCGUGCAGCUCUGCUUGUCGAGCAGCGGAAACGCCCGUGCUGGUGUUGUGUUUGGGCGAGCGAGCGGAUUCAGGUCGAUUUCGACCUCUGUGUUUCCAAAUUUAUAGACGCAUUGAUGCAGAUGAAUGUAGCAAUAAUUGGGAUGUCUGUGUUUUGUUACAUUUAUAUAUUUUGCUUGUCGAUAGCGUCUGAAAUCCUUGAGAUACUGUUGAUGGUGUUUUGGGAUGAUUGAAACAUCAGCCAAGUAAUCCUUAACAUUUCUUUGACUCUGUGACGUUUUUUUUUUAUCUAAUGAAUGCCACAAUUUCGUUGUAUUAUAUUUAUGUUCAGAACACACUUGGUUCCUUAUGGUCAAACGACUCGACUAUCCGCUGUACACAAAGGAUUUUUUUUUUAAAAAGACUAAAAAAUAAAAAAAAACUUGAAUAGC